UCUCUCUCUCUCUAUUUUUUUCUUCUUUUAACUUCCCUGAGAUCAUGAAGACUACCUUGUUUGUUGCUGGAUUUGGCUCGCGAACGCGAGCUCGCGAUCUUGCUUAUGAGUUUGAAAGAUAUGGUCGUCUAGUACGCUGCGAUAUCCCUGCCCCCAAGAGUUACUCUUCCAAGCCCUAUGCUUUUGUAGAGUUUGAAGAUCCUCGUGAUGCUGAGGAAUCUUUCAACGAGAUGCACGGAAGACGCAUUGAUGGCUACACGAUCAGUGUCCAAUUUGCCAGAAACGCACCCAGACAAUCGUGGCGUUACGAGCGUUCCCCUGGUAGACCUUCGCGUGGUAGAAGCUACAGCCGUUCGCGCAGCCCACCCCCGCGCCGUGGCCGUUCGCCUUCGCCUCGUCGUGAACGCUCGCCGCCUCGCUACCGCUCUCGUUCUCGUUCGCCGCCGCCACCCAGACGCAGUGAGUCUGCCCGAUCACGCUCACCUGCACCGCGCCCCGACUCUCGAUCUCCUUCGCCCAAAGGCUCGCCUCAAGCCAAUUAAGCAUGGAUCUCUGACCAGACAAUGAUACACCAGAAAAGAAAAGGAUUUGUAUAGGGUGGUAGUGGUGAUAUGUGUGUGUGGAGAGAGAUUGAUUGAGUGGUUUACUAUGCAUUUCUUUCUCUCUCUCUUUUUUUUUGCUCCCUGAUUCUUUAACAUUAUGUUCUGGUAGUCUUUCACGGACACGGAAUGAUAAAAAAACACCAUACACACAGUAUACAUACCAC